AUGACCGAGGAAGAUAAUUGUUCACCGUCGUCCAACAAUCGCGGCUACGGGAUGAAAUUGUUCGGCUUCGACGUGUCCGAAGGCCAGGAGGCCGGCGGAUCGACCACCGACGCCGCCGACGGCGCCACGACCGCCUCCGGCGGCGCCAGAGACAGGGCCAAGUACGAGUGUCACUACUGCCGCCGGGAGUUCGCCAACUCGCAGGCGCUCGGCGGCCACCAGAACGCGCACAAGAAGGAGCGGCAGCACCUGAAGCGCGAGCAGAUUCAGCGACAGCAGCAGCAGCAGAAUCUCCUCUACGGGGGCGGCGGUAGCCGCAGCAGCAGCGCGCUGUAUCCGCGGAACCCGAUUGGGUGGGCCUUCGCGCCGCCGCCCCAUCUGCUAACGGGCCCACCCGCUGCCGACUCCGCCACCAGGUGGUUCUAUUUUUCGCGCACCGCCAAUGAGCCGCCGCCGGCGGCGCCGUCGGAGCCCAUCCACGUGGCGCACGGUUGCGCAUUUCCUCCAUCGUCCCCUGCCUCGGGCUUCUCUCGCGUACCCGCCGGAUAUGCGCGCGGAGCGCUUGUCCACGAAGCGGGCAGCGGCCACGCAGCCUCAGCGGAGACAGGCUCGAGCUCGUUCGCGAGGCCGGCGAAGAAUUCGGCCGGACCCGGCGAGUCGUGCAGGUUGGACCUCAAGCUCAGCUUGGCUCCAGGCGGGUGGUGA